AGUUGGAACAAAAUGGCGGACACUCACGAAGAAAUAGUCCCUAGAGAACCAACCUCAGCUGUGUUUUCCAGGGCAGAUUUCAUGAAAGAGUCUUUUAGCGUUGACAGCUUCGUUGGAAACUGCAAAGGGAGUGUACCUUUGGAAGUGCUAAAAUCAAAUUUAGACGAGUAUUUGAAGGCCUUGAAACAUGCAUUGAUUGAGUUGAUCAACGAAGAUUACGCCGACUUUGUGAACUUGUCUACAAACUUGGUUGGAAUGGAUAAGAGUAUUGCCAACUUGUCAGUUCCUCUUGGUCAACUAAAGGAGGAAGUUUUGCUCAUAAAGUCUGACCUUGAUGGAACAAUUGGUGCAAUAGAAGACAAAUUGGAUGAAAGAGCACUGCUAAGACAGACAAAGACAUGCAUGCAACAUUUAUUGAACAUCACAAAGUCACUGGAAAAGAUUGAGAGACUCUUACAAGGAUCCCGCCUCUCUCAGGAUGUGACAGCUAAAGAACCUGAAGGGGAUGAUGACUCUCAUUUGAUUGAGAGAGUUGCCAGUGAAUUUAAUCAGCUGCAGUUUUAUGUUACUCAGAGUCAGGGGCAUCCAUUGGUGGAAAGUAUCAGAGGGCGCAUUGCUGCCAUCACAAGUACCCUUCAAAAAAAAUUGGAAGCAGCAUUUCAAGAAGGGCUCCAAACAGGAGAAUUGAAUCUGUUGUCCAGAGUGCUAAGAACUUAUGCUAUCAUUGACAAGACAAGAGAUGCUGAAUUGUUGUUCAGAGAAGUUACUGUUAAGCCAUAUAUGAGCGAGGUUAUUGAUGAGAAGAUGUUGACUGCAGAUCCCUCUCAAGGCGUGUUCAAUGUGUACAACAAAGUUCUUGAAUUUGUCCCUAAACACUGUGCACAGAUGAUGAACAUAACAUCAGGUAGAUAUGUUGCCAGUGAUGUGGAGAUGUUCGGUGAACAAAGAGCAGGAAUAAGAGGCUUUGAUUUCUUAGUGAAUGCUGUGUGGCCUGAAGUAGUGGGUCUCAUUGAUGCACGGUUUGGAUCAAUCUUUGCCCCUGGUAAUCCAGAUGCAUUCCAUCAGAAAUACAUGACCACAAUAUGGUUUAUCAAUAAGUUUGAGGGUUUGUGUGGUUCUAAAGCAAGUGUACAAAGACUGCGGUCACAUCCCAGCUUUACAGCUUUCAUGGCAAGGUGGAGUUUGCCAGUCUAUUUUCAAAUCAGGUUCCAAGAAAUGGUAACUAAGUUUGAGAAUUCACUCCAGUUGACUCAAGACAAGACAAAAGAUGUUCUCUUGGACUCUGACCUAUUCUUGACAUCAGCUGUGAGUGUCUUGUGGUGGUGCAUUGAGAGAUGUUGGCAAGACUCAGUUUACAUUCAGGCCCUCUGUCACAGAUUUUGGAAGAUGACCCUACAGCUUCUGUCACGUUUAUCUGUGUGGAUCAAAGAAGAUGUUUCAUCUCAAAAGAUCAGUGAUGGUGACACAAAGCAAGGAUCUGGAGAGGAGUCUACAUUGUACUUAGUUCAUUUGCUCAGUGACUUAAACACUCUUCUGACAAAGGUGCCAGAGUUCUUUAGACUGGAUAUAUUACCUAAACUACGACAAACAAAUAUUCAAGACACAGAGCUCUUGUCAGAGGCCAUCCUGGAGUCUUGUGGGGCCAUUCAACAGAUGGUGCCGACACUGGAGGCUCAAAUUGUGAGCCAAGUGGUGAAUAGAGCCUCUCAGGGACUUGAAGCUGUUAAGAACAUCCCCAGGUUGUAUCGGAGAACCAAUAAAGAGGCUCCAAGCAAGUCGUCUCCAUUUGUGAGCAGUGUGCUGAAGCCUGUGCGUGAAUUCUUGGAACAGACCCAGCCUCUAAUUAAACAACAACAGCGCCAAGCCUGGGCAGCGACAAUCUUACAGACUUUGCUCGUUAAGUAUCACGCCGUUACAGGCGAUGUGCUCACGUCCAUCAAACGCACUGAAGACAGCUUGAUGCGUCUGAAACGCUCCAGAAAACAAACGGGACCUGGAGCGAGUGGCCAAGCUGUCAGUCAAGACAGUCAAUCACCCAUGAGUGAUGACGACAAGAUUCGUCUCCAGUUCUCUCUCGACACGGAAGAGUUUGGACGAGCGCUAAAAGAACUGGCUGUCGAAGAGAACCGAAUCCCUGCUUACACCGAGUUACUCAACACAGUAAAAGCCGCACGUGCUUCGAACAUCGCCAACAGCUGAAGCCAGAAGCAAGCUUUGGGCUAAAAGAAUAUGGAAUUUCCGUUUCCUUUAACCUAAAUUCACUUCUACGGACUUAAAAAUGGGCCGAAAUGGAACACAAACCGUGGAAGAGAUAAAAGUUCGUCUAAUUCAUUCUACCAGAGAGAGAGAGAAAUGAGGACACCGAAGCGCAAUUGUGUUACUGAGAAUUCUACCAGAAGCUUGCGUGUGAAACACGAUUAAGGGAACAAUAUAGUGAUGUAAAGGUUAAUUGAUGUUCAGUAUCGGUUAUACAUCAGAUAUCGUGGCUUGUGUUAUUUUUAAAUUGUUGGAUAUUGAGCGGUAUCCAACCUUUGGACAAUAAGAGGCACGGCUUACCCUACCCGUGCCUCUCCUUGCGGUCAUGGUCACUGAUACAGCACGUGUUUUUGAGGGUAUACGAAGAGUAAACUUGUCUUGGUAUUAGUGCGCUAAGUGGAAAUAGCGAAUAUUUAUUGGGCCUAAGGACCUUAUAUUUAUGUCACGAAGAAAGAGACUUGAAAAGGAAAGUUUUUAAUCGAGAACACUUUCAUCUUUCUCCUGUAUGAGUCGAGUACUCUUCUGAACGGGACGUUUAAUGUAAUUAUGGAGAAAAAAGUAUUUUAUAGAGACUUUCAAUUACGUACUUAAAUUCCAAUAGAAUGUGAAUAGAUUUCUAGACAAUAGCUGUAUAUUAGCUCAGGUUAAGAAUAUGACAAAUGUUAAUAAGCGCACGAUUUAGUGGAAUAAUGGAAAAACUUACCAGUACUUUUUCAGCUAUUCUGGAGCUUUUAAUUGUUCAGUUAUCAUUUCUUUCAUCACCAGAAAAAAUAAUGUUUCUACUCCUUUUAAGAACUUGAAAAAACACACAUAGAAUACAUUUUGAAUUAAUUCACUUAUUUGAAUGGAAUGAAUGGAACUUUAUUUGCACUUUACCAUGGUUAUGUGAAAAUCAAGACUCUUACUUGAGUGUCAAAAUAAACAUA